UGUGAAUGGGGGGUCAGCAUGACGUCAGAAAACCAAUGUCAACAAUGCAGCUGGAGGAGAAAAGGCGUUUCAUCCUAACACACAAUCACACUCACAAGAGACCCGUGUAUCACUCAUCGAUUCACGUCCAAAGCCUGUUAAAAGCUGCGGUUCUGCCUGUCGAAGGACUGUGGACACUGCACAGCAUGGAUUAAUUUUUGUUUCUCAGAAACUGAACGCAGACGAGCAAGAAAAACAACAACAAAAACUGGGUGCUACACAGAGUGAUGUCGACAGGCAAGCAGCAAGAUAGUGAGGCGGCAACGCCUCUGUACGUAUAUGAAUCCAAAGUCCACUGUGCCAAUAUGAUGUUGUGCCUGGAGGAUCAACGGCGGCAGGGCAUCUUGUGCGAUGUGACUGUACUUGUAGAGGGCAGGGAGCUACGAGCACACAGGGCUGUCCUUGCAGCUUGUAGCCACUACUUCCUGCAAACUCUGCUGAGACACAGCUGGUCACCUGGUGAUGCAGAACUCAUCAUUAGCUUGCCAGACAAGGUGACAGCCAAAGGUUUCGCUCCACUGCUUCAGUUUGCCUACACCGCCAAGCUGGUUUUAAGUCAGGAAAACAUCCAUGAAGUAAUUGUGUGCGCGGACGUCCUAGGUAUCCAUAAUUUGGAGGACUCUUGCUUCCGGUUCCUUCAAGCCCAGCUUAAGAAUGACAGCCAACCUAACCAUAAUGGCACGGUGGAAUACGAUGAUCAUAUCACAACAGAGAAUCCAAUCUUUUCUGAGGAAAUAUCCUGUUAUGAUUCUGCAGACAUAAGGCAGCAGGACAGUCAUGUUCUUGCUGACCUGCCGCAGUGCCCAAAAUAUAAGAAAUAUCAGGAUGCAGUUUGUGACAACAAGCACAAUGUAGAGAACCAUCAUAUUAGUAAUGACAUCAUUUUGGUUAACCAUACCUCAAUUAGCCCUCUGAGCUCACACUUCACCGACAGUAGCGCUGUUCCACAAACACGUCUUACUCCCUCCAGGAUCAAAGAAGAACCCUGUUUAUUUGAGGAAGAAGGAGAUGAAAGGAAUGACAGCAACUCAGACUUGUGUACUGAGGAGGUAUUGGAGAUGGAGUUAGAGGUAGAAGGGGUUCCAGUAGAAGAUGUGCAAUCUUCCAGCCAAGUAUCAUACUCUUCCUGUUUGCAUUCAUACCUCCAGAGAGGUGGUCUCAGCAGCAUGCCAAGCACCACCAUUCAGCAGCUACUAAGCAACCAACUGUCUCUCAACCAUUACAAAGAACUGGUCAUACAGAGACCACAAACCAAGAGGGAAUCUCUGGAUGAAGUUGACCUCAACACUGGCAUUGCCAAUGUGAUACCAGCAGCACUUACUGGUAUAAGUAGAAACCUUGAAAAUUCGGUGUCUAAGCAUGAAGGGAAGCUGGACAGACGCAGUGUCAUUUUCUCUUCUGUGCCUAUCAAGCAACAUAUGCUGUCCCAUACAUAUGUUGAUGAGGCCAUCUCAACCUUGAUGCAGGAGGAAUCCCUUCCCUCUAGUCAGUCAUUCCUUAUUACCAGCUGCCCCGUUUCAACGAAAACAUCAGUGGACUCUCCUACUACUUCUACAUCAUGCAACCAGAUUUCCAGCCCCCGUGCCUCAUACUCUUACCCAGAGGAUGCAACCAUUGGUAGCUCAUCUUCUACUUUGUCCCAGUUUGACUUUUCCUCAUCGUCACAGUCAGGCUCAAUUUCUGGACUUCCUCACUGCCUGGCUGGGAUGGUGGAGCACAGGAAUCCCCACAAUGAAGUAGUCCUCACUCAAGACUACACAAAGAUUAAAUCUGAAAAGACAUUCAGUGCUAGUGGUGGGAACUCCAGUGAUGAAUCAGGCUCUUUCUCAGAGGGAGACAGUGAAAGUGGCACCUCUCGAAUCUCUGGACCUGAGGUGAAGCUGCCUUUUCCUGUGGACCAGAUCACCAACUUGCCACGCAAUGACUUCCAGAUUCUCAUCAAGAUGCAUAAACUGAACUCAGAACAGCUGGAAUUCAUCCAUGACAUCCGUAGGCGCAGCAAAAAUCGCAUUGCUGCCCAGCGCUGUCGCAAGAGGAAGCUAGACUGCAUCCAGAACCUGGAGAGCGAGAUUCACAAACUGGUACGUGAGAAGGAGAAGCUGCUUAGCGAGCGAAACAGGCUGAAGGUUUGUAUGUCCGAGCUGUUGCAGAACCUCUCUUUCCUCUCCCAGCAAGUGUGUAGGGAGGUGCAAGGCAGCCAGCCAUCACCCGACUUUGCCAGCAUUGAUCUCACAUCCAACCCCUCAUCACCUUCAACUGAGGACGGGUCUGUCCAACCCACGUCACCUGUGACCCAACAAAGUGAGGUUGCUUGUACAUCUAAUUUGAAUGCCAAUCAGGAGGGGUUAGAGGAUAGGCAGCCCGCAGAGGAGAUGUUGCCUUUAAGGCAGGAGGAUCCUGAGCUUUCACUAGUGCUUGAAUCUACUGACGAAGUAUGUAGCCCCACUGUAACAGUGGAUUUCUGUCAGGAGAUGACUGUGAAAUGCACAACAGAAGAACACAACAGACAAGACUGUGCUUAGAGUUUGGGGCUAAAUGACACAAUCUGUGCAUACUUUGAUAUUUAAAGCAUUUGUUUCUUUUCUGUUUUUUUAAAUGAAUGAUACCAGUAUUGUCUUUCAAUAUUGUUCAGCAGGUAUUUUUUGGACUGGUAGAAAAUAAAAGCACUGGCAGCUUUCUCUCUUUCUGUGUUCCAUUGGAUUCUCUUCUUCUCUCAUGCAUCAUGGGAGGCUAAACUCAGGAAUUCUCCAGGAUGUACAGUAAUAUGCUUGUUAACAUAAACCUGAACUUUACUUUGCAGUCCUGUCUAAUCUUGACAGUUACUUAUGUGCAAAAUGAUUUGUGGUAAAUGUUUGGAUAUAUUGUAAGUCAGUUUUCAUUUUGAACCACUAAAAUGUGGAAAAGUUUAGUUUAGCAUUAUUAUUUCUAUUAAUGUUAUUUAAAUAAAGUAGCUUUAAGCUGUUUUGAAUAUGCACCCAUUUUACUUCAGUGUGUUGAUGCUCCUCUAGUUAUUUUACCAUGAAUUGGAAUUUGUUAAAAGAAAUAUUCUAAUAUCUAUAUUUUAAGGAAUCCCACCUUUACUUAUGGCUGGGGCAUGACCAAGAUGACAUAAAUGCACACUAAAACCACUAAAGCCAUUUUUAGAGAUCUUUUUGGUGUUUGGGUUAAACAAUGGAGCUAUAAUUGGACAAGUCUGAAUGUUUUUAAUUUUAAUGAGAGCUCAGCUAGGCCAUGCUGACUUUCCUGGAUAUUUUUGCAUGGGUAUCCACACUCUCUUGCAGACCAUGGCACCUUAGACAGAUAAUGAAAUUAAUGAUACAAAUAUUCUAUCUAAAUGUUGUAAUCAACAAUUGGCUAAUUGGCCUGAAAAAGAAAAACACGUAUCUCUUAAACUAUUGAAGUGAAUCUGAUUAUAUAAAACAGUUUAGGCUUGACUCUAUAAAUUGAUGCAGUAACUGUUAAGUGAUGCAGGACUUUAAAGUAAAAUGUUACCAAAGUUCUGUAUUUAUAAAAUUUCACAUUGGGAGAAAAACAAAUAAAUGAGCUGUCAUACGCAUUUAGCGUUUCUUAUGUCAGACUUGAUUUUUACUUUUUUGUGUAUUUUUUUUAAUCUUCUUCUUCUGUGUUUUUUUAAAUGAUUCUACUAAAGAGGCAGAGAUACAUUACAGAGUCAAAGCACUGUCCAGUACAUCUGAGGGGGAAGAUGUGGCAUUGGUUACAUGCUUUGUGACUUUAGCACUAAAAUUAAGUAUGAAGCCAACUAAGUGGUUUCCAGUAGAUGGUUUCCAUAGGGGUUACUUUAUAUUUCUCCUGAAGAUUUUUAAAAUGUUUUCUCACUUGGUCGUUCUAAUAUGAGUUUAGUAUAAAAAUCAGAAUGUAAAAACUGUAAAAGUAAGCUUGGCACAUCCUUGUCAAAACUGCAUGGUGGUCAAACUGGGUUUGGGGUUUCUAGAGAGACCUGUUUCACUUGAUCCUGACAAAAACUUAAAUGAAGUAUUAAUUGCUGGCCCUUCUUUAACAAAGCUUACAAAGAAAUUACUGCCUUUGAUUUUAAAGCAUAUAACUGAAAACAGUUACUACUGCAUAUAAGAAUAUUUGAAUAUUGCGAAAAGUUUUUUCCUAUAAAAAACAUCAACUUCCAUAUAUUCUGUAUUCAUUACAUUCAAAACAUUUGAAAAUCAGAAGUCAUAAAAAAAUAAUGUUGAGCUUGAGUAAAAUAGUAUAAAUAGCAUAUAUCCACUUGGAAACUUGGGAGAGCUUCACAGAGAGUGUACUGAGGCUGGUACUGGUGCAUCAAAAGCACCAUGCACAGAUGUUGCUCCUUUUAUAAAUUCACCAUCUAAUUAAAGACAAUGUCAGAAGCAUCUUACCAGAGCUAAGGUAAAAAGCAAAGGAGCUGGUCUGUUUCUCAGUGGUCCAAAGUCAUAUUUUCAGAUGAAGGCAAAUUUUGUAUUUCAUUUGAAAAUCAAGUUCCAGAGGAAGAGUGGAGAGUGGAGAGCAACAGAAUCCAAGGUGUCCAAUGAGAAGUUUCGAAAGUUUGUGAUGAUUUGAGGUAACACGCCGUCAGCUGGUGUUGGUCAUGGUUGUUUCACACAGUCACACCAAAGUCCAACGUGAGUGUAGCUGUCUACCAGGAGACACCUAAUGCUUCCAUCUGCUGACAAGCUUUAUGCAGAAUUUCCUUUUAUAUCCAGAUUGGUAGGAAACUCCUACCAAAUGGUUUGCUGACCAUGUUAUUACUGUGCUUGAUUGAACUAGUCCCUCACUUCAAUAUUGCCAUAGACACUGUUAAAAAAUGAUCAUCUUAUAUGGAUCAUUUCUACAGAGAUGUUUUUGUUGUUUGUUUAUCUGGAUUCUUCUCUUUGGGAAUUUGGCCAGGAAAGAUUGGUGAUCCCAAAGAAGCUCCUCCCAAAUGGUUUGCUGACCAUGUUAUCACUAUUACCACUGUGUUUGAUUAGCCCCAGAAAAUUAGGCUUUAAAUUAGGCUAGGCAUUUCUCUCAAUUACAACAUGCUAACAAUGAGAAGUCACUGUUUUUGCUGGGUUUUAAACUUUAGUAAAUCCCAGAUGUAGAUCCCAGAUCCCAGAUGUUGACAUGUGAAAUUAUAAAAUAAUCGAAUAAUCAUUGGCUUUGUCUGAGAGAGGUCAUAAUGUCUUGGAUCAUUGGGAUACAUUAACCAUUAUAAUGGGUUUAAAAUUCAGUUAUACUGGUACGAUCUGUAACCGACAGUUUAAAAGACCAGUACAUAGAAUCUAUUUGUGGAACUGGAUAAUAGAAUUUAUAACUUUCCAUGCUCAGAAGGAGAAGUGUAAGGAAAUCAUAUUCUGUUAUUUCUUUCCUUUUGACCCAUGUAUUUAUUGUAUUAGUAAUAUUUUAGUGUUUGUAGUAAUUAUGUAUUAAAUUGCACUCAUCUUGCAUUGUUCAUAAGACAACUGUGCUGAAAAGUAUUCAGUGCAGCAUGUUCAGUUUCAAAUUUCAGAUUUCAAUGUGCUGAAACUCCAAGCAAAUAGUGAAUUUCUACAUAUGCAUCAGUAUCUGUAAUACUGCAUGGUGGUUCAAAGUUUCAAGCACACUGGCACAUAUUGAUUUAAAGGGAUGCCAGAUUCAUCUGUUGAAAUGUCAAUGGUGAGGCACGUGGCAGGGGUGAGUGCUGCUGGUGUCUGUGUUGUUGCUGCUACACCGUGAACAUUAUGAUGAAGCAUGCCCAUGGCAUUUUAAUGUGGGUUGUGCCACUUUUAGCACAGGAAAGUCUAAUAUGACACUCGUCUUUAUUCUCAGAUAUCAACCCAGGAACUAAAGAGUCAAAACUUCCCUGCGUGAUUAUGUAAAUGUGAAGCUAUUAGUGUGGUAAAGAUGAUAGGAUAUUUAAAUUCAAAAAGUACUCUUAAUGGAUAGGAUGUGAGCUUGACAUGCCCGCUUUAACACAUGAGAAUGACAGGCAAUUACAUGAGCAGGUCCCUCACUCACUAUUGCCACACACACUGUUCUUUAUUUGCAAGUCACUUGUACUUUUAAGUUGUAAUAUUUUAACAUAAAGAGGUGUGAGUCAGUUACAAUGUAGUGUAGUAAAUGGUCUUUUAACUGUAGUGAUACAAUUAACACAGAUAGUUCAUUUUAAUAGAAAUGAUGAUGUUUUAUUUAGAUUGGUUAAAAGUUUCAAGACUUUGUGAUAAGAGUAGGAUUCUAACUGGUGCUGCUAGAGGGUAUAGGCUUAACCAUCACAGGAAUAUUUUAUUCACUGGAAAUUCCACUGCUCUUAUAAAAAACUGCACUGUAAGUGUCACAAAACAAGGCAAUCAAAUUUUGUCAUCUCCGGGGUCUAGUAGUAGAAUUUCCACAAGUUUAUUUCAGGCAUUUUGUUUCAUUAUUGAUGAACCUUCCAUUUCCUCCCCUCUGAAAAUAUUGAGAGCCAGCAAUCAAUAUAUUAAAAACUUAUGUAAUUAAGAAACAUCAUUAAACUGGAAAACAUUGUUAUGAAAAUGUGGAAUAAUCACAGAACAUGCAUGGUUUGUAUAAAAGUGCUGAAAUGGAAAAAUUACUUGAAAUAAAUAGAUCUUUUGAAAAUUAAAAACACUUUGUUUUGAAAAUGUGUUGGGUUAUCUCACAGUAUCAUACAUCUAUCAUUGUUUUUAUUUGUAUUUAUCCAUAAGAUUAUGUGCUAUAACUUCUUUUCCUUUGUGUGUGUUGGUUUUUUUUAUAUGCCCAAUGCUUUCUCAAAUGUCCUCCUGGAUAAAGGAGAUGUACACUUGAUUUAAUUAAUCUGAUCCAUAUUUGUUGAUGAGCUUACAACACUGUUUCUCACAGAAUAUUCACUUUCCCUGUUACAAAACACCUUCAAAUUUUAAAGAGGUCAAUAUAAAAUGCUUAAUCCAGUUACACCCACCUAUUUUAUGUCUGGUUUCUAAAAGAAAAUGUCUUGUGAGGGGAAAAACACUAAUUGCAAAGAUAUGUGAUAAAUAUUUGGGGUUUUGAUAUUUUUUGGGAAUGUAGUGUGUGCAAUCAUAAUAUCACCUACACUUGCCUUUGAGUCAACAUUAAAUUUUGUUGUACAUUUUGGAAUAUUUAAUCCCUAAUUUUAAUAAAGGAGUGAUAUAAAACUGCUGUAAGACUGGAAAACGUCAUAUCAUAGAAUUAUGUUGCCAUAUUUUUUCACUCCUGUUCACCACAUGCACUUUGUGCAGUCAUGAAGAAACUUCAUGCAGUGAUUCUGUGCCUUGUUUUGGCUGUAAAUUUAACAAGAUUUUGGUUUAAUUGAAGGUUUCACUUCAGUGAAGUAAAAGGUAUCAUUUGGUGGUCUGAAUUUUAGAAAUCCAAAUGUCAGGGUACAACAUUUGUAGAAUGUCUAGUAGUCUUUUUGAUAAAUAUUUUCAGUCAUGUAGCGCAUGUAAUGCCAUUUCAAAUGUAAAUUUAAGCCAGAGACUAUCGGGGCAGCAUAUGUUACUAUGGUAAAAUGAUAUCAUUGUACUUUUGACAAUAAAAUGAAAUGCCGCUUUAAAUUAUUUUAUGUAAUGUUAUAUUUUGAAAGAUAAAUUUGUCAGCAUUACCAGGAAAUUGAAGACAGUGUUUAUUUGGCACACAGCACUGGGUAUAUGGGAAGAGUUUUCUGACAUUCAUUAAAGUUUCAGAUGCCUCCAGUUUGCAGUGAUCUGAUAUCUGAUAGCAGACUAAUAGCGUUGCCUAUUUUAUCCAGCCAGUUUACAGAAUGAAUGAAUCUUGGAUUGUGAACUUGUUGUUUUAAGAAAACAAAGCUAACAAAAAUAAACAGUUGAACACACUUUUAACAUGUAUCUACCUGCAUGCUUCAGCAUACCUCUUCAUGAGUAAAGACCAUAGGACAGACAAGUAGACAGCUUCUGUGGCAUUGUUUGUAACUUUUUAUAGUAUUUGUACAUUUUACAUUUUCAUUUUACCUGCAACAUGACUGUUAGAAACAGAUUUAGUAUUUUUCAUUUCUUUUUUUAUCUUUGAAUAUUCAAAUGACCAGUGUUUAGGUUUUUUUUUGUAACUAUUGUGCAAUGCCAUGCCUUGGUUAUUUGAUAUGAGAAAAACAUACAUUUUGCCUGGGCAAUCGUUGUUGAAAAAUAAAAUAAAAAGCAUGGAAAUU